CCGCGCAUGCGUAGCCUGCACAGAACGUGGCCGCCGGUCGUUGAUUCAUUUGAGGGCUUCGUUCUUCUGGGCUCUGGUUUCUGCUCUUCUUCUUUGUAAAUUAUCGUCAACAUGGCUCCCCCUAUAAAACCCAGCACUGUGUAUAAGGUGGACCCGGGCAAGGAUGAGAAAACAGCAGAAGAGAUGAGAGAACUCGCCAAGAAAGCCGAGGCCUGCGAUCGUGGAGUUCGUGCAAUCUUACUGGGUCCCCCUGGGUCAGGGAAAGGAACCCAGGCUCCAAAGCUCGCAGAAAGGUACUGCGUUUGCCAUCUUGCUACAGGUGAUAUGCUAAGAGCUGUUGUAGCUUCAGGAUCUGCCCUUGGUAAGAAAGUGAAGUCUGUCAUGGAUGCUGGCCAGCUUGUCAGUGAUGACCUGGUUGUGGAGCUCAUUGAUGAUAAUUUGACCAAGCCCGAGUGUCAAAAUGGAUGGCUCUUGGAUGGCUUCCCACGCACUGUAGCCCAGGCUGAAAAGCUUGAUGGCCUUUUGGAAAAGCGCAAUGCCCAGCUUGAUGCGGUUGUUGAGUUCAACAUUGCUGACUCUCUUCUUGUCAAGAGGAUCACUGGAAGACUGUUGCACAAGUCAAGUGGGAGGACAUAUCACACAGAGUUCAACCCACCCAAGGAGCACAUGAAGGAUGAUAUAACUGGUGAACCAUUGGAACGUCGCUCAGAUGACAAUGAAGCUACGCUGACCAAGAGACUGCAGGCCUACCACAGCCAGACCACUCCCUUGAUCGACUACUACACCAAGCGUGGGAUACACCACAAAAUUGAUGCGUCCAAGCCACCUGACACCGUAUACUCCAGUGUCCUGAAGGCUUUCGAUGAUGCUGUUGCACGCCAAAGCAAGAGUUUGUAAUUGCGGAUGUGCGAGCUGAGCCCACUGAUGCUGACUGAUUGACAAGGAUUAAGAAAAAGUACCAACAGUAUUAUAAGAAUAACCUUUACAUGUGUUUAUAAUCCCCCCCUCCCUAUAAGAACUAUAAGUUAACACCAAGUGUUUGUUUUAAAUUAUAAAAACGAGCCAUGCUUAGCUCAGAGUAAAAUGCAAUAUCCAUGUGUUUAGUUUUCUUGGUUUUAAUGAAUUUCUAUGAAGUUGAAUGAUCUGAGAGUUGCACGGUAUGAUGUGAUGUGUCAUGUAUAUCCCAUGCUAGGAGUAGAACUACUUUGUCCAAGUUACUGAUUUCAUUUGAAAUCGAUACAGUACUAAUACCUAAAAUAACCUAAACCUGUAAUUAAUUAUUCAACCUUCCUGAAGAUACUAGAGCCUUUGAAUGUGGCGGUGGUUUCAUAUUAAUAGAAUCCAUAUUUAGUAUUUUCUAUGUUUCUAUCCUAUUCUACCCCCUCUUGUAAUCUGUAUAAGGUAGUUUGUUUACACAGAUUAUCUGAAUAUGAAAUAAAUCCUAUUGUAAUUUCA